CUUAAAACGUCACGUGACAGCGGUCUACUGUAGCCGCCAUGUGGCUGUUGAGACCCACAGUGUUGUUGGGUCUGGUGAGCAGCAGAGGAGUGAUAAGAGGCAUGUGUGCCCAGAUGAGCGACUGGCAGAGUGCCAAGUCAAUAUAUGAGUUUUCUGCCAAUGACAUAGAUGGGAAUGAGGUUUCCCUUGAAAAAUACAGGGGAUAUGUAUGCAUCAUUGUAAAUGUAGCAUCUAAAUGAGGAAAGACCAGGGUAAACUACACUCAGCUAGCGGGAAUGCACGCCUCCUACGCUGAGAAGGGUUUACGCAUCCUGGCCUUCCCAUGCAACCAGUUUGGAGGACAGGAACCUGGGACUAAUGCAGAGAUCAAGGAGUUUGCCAAAGGGUUCAAUGCUGAGUUUGACCUCUUCAGUAAAAUUGAUGUGAACGGUGACACUGCUCACCCUUUGUGGAAGUGGAUGAAAGCACAGCCCAAAGGCAAAGGAACCUUUGGAAACAACAUCAAAUGGAACUUCACGAAGUUUUUGAUCAGUAGAGAAGGACAGGUGGUGAAGAGGUACGGCCCAACAGAUGAUCCCAGCGUGGUCGAAAAGGAUCUGCCAACAUACCUUUAGCACUGCAAUCUCACCUGUUUGUUUGAGUCACUCCUGACCUCCCUCAUGGACUUUAAGGCCUUGGUGUGUGUGAAUGUCUGGACCAGUGACGGCCUGUCUGUAAACCUUUCACUGGGGAAGGCAGGCCUGAUGACCCUUAGCGUGCAACUAACCUCCAGAACCAUCCACACCAAACCCAUAAGACCAUGUUAGGGAACAUCAAUGAGUUAAUCAAAGGCGACUCUCCACCUUUCACUUACUGCAAACUUAAAACAGCCAUUCCUGUAUUACAAAUACCAGCUAUUUCUUUCUAAAAUGUCAAGCACUGGGUUUGUUCAUGUGUCAAUAUCAGUUGUCUGCAAAGAUGUAAAUGCCAUAAUUUUAAGUGAUCAUUGAAAAGCUACUAAUAAGAUUGUUUGCACUUCUGUAACUCAUGACUUAGCAUGUGUUGAAAUUAGAAAAUAAAUGCGGUCUUCAACAUUAA